AUGGCUGCGGUUUUCUCUCCUUCCACUGCUUCAUUUCUGAAUACUCAUCUUGUCUCGAAUACCACUUCCGAUCAGUUCCUAUCUAAAUUAGGCAAUGCCGCUCUCAGUCCGGCCUCCAAAUGGACUACAAUCACUCUCCUUCUUAUAUCACCUCUCCUCAUCAACUUUCUGAGGUAUCUGCUGUUCAAGGAUAAGCCUCCGCAAGGGCUCAAGCUUGUCCCGGGCCCGCCUUCAACGAUUCCCUAUAUUGGCAGAGUUGAUAUCGACCCUAUUGCGCCGUGGAACUCCAUGAAAAGAUGGGCGGACCAAUUCAACGGAAUGUUUAGACUCACCGCCUGCGGUGAAAUGCAUAUCUGGCUUGGAGAUAAUAAAGUUGCCCAAGAGCUAUACUGCAACCGAGCUGCCAACUAUUCAUCGCGGCCAGAGGUUGCAGCUGUGCCUGGGAGUGAUAGUCAGGGCCAAUAUUUACCAUUGCUUGAAUACGGUGACCAUUGGCGAAUGCAACGAAAAUUUGCUCAUACUUCAAUGAAUGUCGCGUAUAACAAUCAGUACUACGGCUACAUCACCCUGGAGGCGAAAAGGUUCUUGUACAAGCUUUUGCAAGAUCCCCGUGAUCAUUAUGGCCAGACAGAUCGAUACUGUGGCCGAAUUUCUUCCAGGCUCUGCUAUGGCUCUCCAAACUCCGCAGCAGCACAUUGUAAAAACGCAGCAGAAUUCAUUCCACAAAUUUCGCCCUCGGCUAGUGGGCCGAUUACCAACAUUCUCCCUUUCCUUGGUGCCCUACCAGAAUGGAUCAAUUCAGCAAAAGUCCCCUGUCGGCAACGACGGGAACGAGAGGAGAGGCUGUGGACAGGGCUUAUGGGUCAAGUACGCAAAGAAAUGGAUGCAGGCACUGCAUCAGUCUCGUACGCAAGAUCAUAUUUCGAGAGAAGAGACGCAGCCUCUAUAAGCGAGGGCAAGUCUUUCGGAUUUGAUGAACAUGAGGCGGCAUACGCCGUCGGUAUGCUUUGCACCGUGGCAAUAUUUACUAUCGGAGGUCCUCUCUACUGCUUCUUCUUAGCCAUGGUGCUACAUCCGGAAUGGCAGGAGAAAUGUCGCGCCGAGGUUGAUGCCGUCGUGGGUUCAGAACGGAUUGUUGAACUCGGUGACUCCCCAGACUUGCCAAUUCUACGUGCGUGUAUCAAGGAGUGUCUCCGUUGGAGACCACCAGUUCCGCUUGGCGUUCCACGUCUCGUACAACAAGACGACGACUACGAGGGGUUUUUCAUCCCGAAAGGCGCGGUUGUUCACGCCAUAGACCUCUCGAUGGCUCGUGAUCCUGAUCGAUAUCCCGACGCCGACACCUACAAUCCUGCGCGAUGGCUGGAGAAAGAGUUUCCCACCUAUCAAGAACCACUGACAGUUUAUCCGCGAUUGCUUGGUUAUCAUGGCUUCGGACGAGGUCGCCGCAUGUGCCCCGGCAUUGAGAUCACUGAAGCCGAGCUCUUGGUUGCCUGUGGCUCACUGCUUUGGGCCUUCGCUAUGAAGCCUAAUGUCGGAAGCGACGGCGAACCACAAUGGCCAGAUUCCAAACACUUCACCAGCAACGUUAUUGGUGGACCUUUACCUUUUGAGUUCGAGCUGAAAGUCAGGAACGAACAACGCAAGGCAAAGAUUGAGGAGCUUUAUAAGAUGAACGAACAUCUAUAUUGA